AUGAAUAUAUCUAAUAAAAAGGUUAAUCGAUCAAUGAUUGAUAAAAAUCUAGCUCGAACAAAUAGUAAUUUAACUGUUAAUACAAAAUCAAAUAAUAUUAAAGAUGAAGUACAUAUAAAAAUUCAAGAAAUGAAUCCAUCACCUGGCAACAUACUUCUUCCAUCAACAAUUGGAAUUCCACCAAGAAAUGGUAGUCCAGAAAGUCGUCUACGUGAUCCUCGUAUACUUUGGGCACCAGCUAUAAGUAUUAGUGGUAAAAUUGAUCAACCAUUAAUAACACCACAAUAUCAAAAGAAACAACAACGUAUUAUUGAAAAAAGUGAACAAGUUAAAUUAAAUCCAAAAAUUGCAACAAAUAAUGAUUUAAGUCAUUUAACAAGAUUAGGACCCGGUCCAACAAGUUAUCAACGAUAUAAAGAUUACGAACAAAUGGGUGAAGAAUAUAUUUAUACUCAACAACCUCGUAUUCGUAUUCAUCCAUUAAUUGGUCCAAAAUUAAAACGUGAACGAUAUCAUCAUGAUAUUAAUGAUCAAAUAUUAUCUGAGGAGAAGAAAAAAAAAGAUUUUCAAAAUAUAAAACCAUUUUGGACAACAAUUGGUACUCGAACAUAUGAUUCACGUUUACCAAAUGCUCCAAUUUCUACAAUUCAUCAUCGAUUUGAUAUGACAUAUACAGAAAAUAAAACGAAUAAAUUACGAGGAAUAACUAUGCCUGGACCAGCAAUGUAUCCAAUAAUUAAUACUAACAAUGAAACAAUAAAAAGAGAUAUAUGUGGUGGUGUUCGAGGUGUGACUAUAGCACCAAGAUAUCGUGAAAAACAUUUAGAAUUAUCUGGUCCUGGACCAGCAAUGAUCGAACGAGAAUUAUUAGAUAAAGGAUAUAAAAAUAUUCUAAGAAAAUCUCCAGCUUUUACAAUGUCUUUUCUUGAUAGUAAUACAUGUAAUGAUCGAAUUCAACUUAAUAGACAACAAAAUAAAUCCUCAAUUUAUUGUUCAUCAUGUUCAACAUAUAUUAAUGGGAAAAUAUCAGCUUCUAGUCUACAAAUAGAAUUGCCAUCAUUAACACAAAUAACUGGUAUAUCUGUUCGUCAUUCUAAUCAAGACAAAAAUUCGACAAUAAGUUCAUAUUUUAUUGAAUAUCGACGAACACAAGAUGGUCCUUGGCAUUCUUAUGGAAGACGUCGACAACGAAAAUUGGUUAUCGAACGACGUCGUUUAUUUUUUAAUGAUGAUGAUAACUUAAAUAAAACACGUACAUUUCUUCCAUCAAUUAUUGCGCGACAAAUUCGAAUUAUUUUCGGAACAUCAUCCAUAUCGAUAUGUACAAUCAUUCAAGAAAAAUUCUAUUUAGAUGGUCUAAUUUCGACACGCCUUCCUCAAAGAUCAAUUAUUAAUACUGAUUUAAAAUAUGAUGGAUUGAUUGUAAAUUCAACUGCUCGAGGUGGCUUAGGUAUGUUAACUGAUGGAGAUACACAUCAUUUUAUUCAUUGGUCACCAUCAUCAGAACCAAUUUUACUUCUUUUUGGUUUUGAUACAAUAAAAGAAUUUCAAUCAAUUAAUCUUGAUAUAAAAUGUUCUUUAUUAUUAUUAUCAAGUUGUACAUUAAAAAUAAAUGUUGGUAUAUUAGAAAUAGUUACAUCAAAUAAUCUUUGGACAAAUCAUUUUAAUACAAUUUCAAUUCAAAAUCAUUUAUAUUAUGAUAAUACAACACAAACACAUCUUAUACUUUCUGUACCAAAAACUAAAGGUCAAUUUGUAAUCAUACAAAUAAAUACAAAAGAAGGUUUAGCACUUAGUGAAAUAACAUUUAACAAUCAAAAUGAAUAUGAUAAUGAUCAAUAUAUAAUACCAUCAUCAAUUUAUAUUGAAGCUAAUCUACGUCGAUUAGAAUUAUUAGCAUAUAAUGCUGUAUCAAAUGAAAUAAUACGUAAAGUAAUACCUGAAGAAACUGAACAAAGUUUAACAAUAUCAAUAACAAAUUCAACAAAUGAUGAAAAUAUUCAAAAUCACUCUCAAUUAGAUCUCUAUUCCAAUCUUGAAAAUAAUGAUGAUGAUGAUGAAUUAAUUUCAAAUUCUUUACAACUUAUUAAUUCACAAAAAAUUGUUAACGAAAGUGCUAAAGCAACUAUACGUAUACUGUCUUCACGUCGACGAUCAAUAACACCAAAAUGUUCUGUGUCUAAUUUACAUUCUGUUUGUGAUCAUCUAUCUGAAAUAGAUCGUAAUGAAAUACUAAUCAUUCAAAAUCUUGGUGUUCAAAAUAAUCAACAAUGUUUUUAUAGUGAAUAUGGUCAAAAUAAAUUAUCUGUUAUUCUAUAUGAACAAGAUAAUAAUGAAUUUUUUAAUUUAUCAAAAUUAAUAGAUCAUAAAAAUAUAGUCUCUUGUCUUGGUUAUGUUUAUAUAUCACCGGAACGAUGUCUUCUAGUCAGUGAAUAUAGUCAAGUGAAUUUAUUUGAAUAUUGUCAAACAAUGACGAUUGAAAAUGAAAAUACUGCAACAAUUCUUAUGGAAUUUCUUAAUGAUAUUCUAUCAGCUUUAAUUCAUCUUGAAUCAUUAAAUCUAAUUGUACGUGAUUUAACAUUACCUAAUUGUCUUGUAUUUAAUGAUAAAACAAUAAAAUUGUCUGAUUAUGCUAAACAAGAUGAUCGUUAUGUGUCAAGAUACGUUCAACAAAUGCCUAUUCGAUGGUUACCUGGUGAUAUUGUUACAGAGGACGAAAUUUGGUCUGUUGAAACAAAUACAUUUAUGUUUGGUACUCUUGUUUUUGAAUUAUUUCAUUUGGGUUCAUGUGUUCCAUAUAGUGAUUUAAAUAAUGAUGAAGUUUUACAACUCUUUCAUGAUUUAUGGCCAAACUCAAAACAGAAUAGUAUUGAACCAUCUGUUCUGUGUUUCUCAACAUAUUUUCCACGUCCAACAUUAUGUAAUGAUCGUCUUUAUGCAUUUAUCGAACGUUGUCUUUCAUGGUCAAUAAGUAAUUAUGGACGAAAAUUUUCAACUCUAACUUCAGCUGUUGAAAAACCACUAUCGAAUAAUCGAUGUGCUCAAUUAAAACAAAUGCUUUUAUCACCACAACUUGAAUUCAUUAUGGAAGCUCAUAGUGCAUUAAGUGCAAAAAUUGUUGAAGAAACAGGUUUUAAGGCUAUUUGGGCAAGUGGCUUAUCAAUGUCAGCUUCACUUGGUUUACGUGAUUCAAAUGAAGCAUCAUGGACUCAAGUUCUUGAUAUUCUUGAAUUUAUGGCUGAUGCAACAAGAAUUCCAAUUCUUGUUGAUGCUGAUACAGGUUUUGGUAAUUUUAAUAAUGCUCGUCGUCUUGUUCGUAAACUUGAACAAUUGGGUAUAGCUGGUGCUUGUAUCGAAGAUAAAUUAUUUCCAAAAACAAAUUCAUUAUUAGAAGAUCGUCAACAACCAUUAGCUGAUAUGAAUGAAUUUGCUUUAAAAAUUCGUGCUAUGAAAGAUACUCAACAAGAUCCAAAGUUUUGUGUUGUUGCUCGUGUUGAAGCAUUUAUAAGUGGAUGGGGUUGUGAUGAAGCUAUACGUCGUGCUGAAGCUUAUUUAGCAGCUGGUGCUGAUGCUAUAUUAAUGCAUAGUAAACAAAAAGAUCCUAAAGAAAUUGAACAAUUUAUGAAAGUAUGGAAUAAUCAAGGUCCUGUUAUUAUUGUUCCAACAAAUUAUUAUCAAACACCAACAGAAACAUUUCAAAAAUGGGGUAUAUCAGCUAUUAUAUGGGCUAAUCAUAAUUUACGUGCAAGUAUAAAAGCUAUGCAAGCAACAUCAAAACGUAUUUAUAAUGAACAAACAUUAGUUAAUGUUGAAUCAAAUAUUGUUAGUGUUAAAGAAGUAUUUCGUUUACAAAAUGAUCAAGAAUUAGUUAAUGCAGAAAAAAAAUAUCUACCAAUUAAAUCAAAAAACUAA